AUGAAUCGAUACAAUAAGCUCACCAUGAUCGGUAAAGGAACUUUUGGAUCCGUUUGGCUUGUAGAAUCGAGGGCGAGUGGAAGUAAAUACGCCGUGAAAGAACUUAGCGUUCGCACAAUGUCAGAUACAGAUCGCCAUCUUGCUUUGAACGAAGUGAAAAUCCUUUCAACGCUUAAACACAAAAAUAUCAUUCGUUAUAAAGAUGCUUUGCAGGAAGGUAUCAAUUUUUACAUUGUGAUGGAGUUUGCCGAAGGAGGCGACCUUUACACAAGAAUCAAGCAAUCAAAGGGACUGUUUCAACAAGAGCAAAUCUUAGACUGGUUUACCCAACUACUCCUUGCUCUGAAACAUAUUCAUGGCUUCAAUGUACUACAUCGAGACUUGAAAACUCAGAACAUAUUCUUAACAAAAAGUAAUGUCGUCAAACUUGGAGAUUUUGGAAUCGCGCGGAUAUUGGACAGUACUACUGACCAUGCGCAGACGACAGUUGGUACGCCGUACUACUUGUCACCAGAAAUAUGUCAACAACAGCCUUAUAAUCAAAAGAGCGACAUGUGGGCCCUGGGUUGUGUGAUGUAUGAAGUAAGUACUUUGGUUCCUCCAUUUACAGCAGAAUGCUUCUCUUCACUUGUGGUGAAGAUACUUCAUGGAAAAUAUACACCGAUAUCCAGGAUCUAUGGACCUUUGCUGCAAGAUCUGAUUGACAUUUUGUUACGUGCAAAACCGCAAGACCGUCCAUCCGCAAAGCAGCUUCUUUACGCACCAGCAAUGAAACCUUACGUAGAAAAAUUCGCGGUUAUUCAGAGGGAAAGAAUCGAUAGCGUAGCAAGCACUGCGAACGAGAGAAGAACGUCUGCCGAAGUCAAACCAUCAAAUGUGCCUCCAAAAUGCGAGCAAAGAGAAAGAAAUUUCAUUGACGGAGCUGUUUUAACUGCAGCAGCUAGCAGUAGUAAGCCUCGUCGUAAAUCAGUCGUCUCGGAAUUUGGAAGAUUGGAAGCUGCGCAUAGAAAAAGAGCGCAAAGUCUAGAAGCUAUUGAAACUGCCCACAAACCUCCCUAUAAUUCUAACAACGUCAUGUCACGCCCAAAGUCCGUAGCUUUUAGUAAAGAAAAAUUGGAAACAGCACAGAACAAACGCGCUAAGAGCUUAGAGAGUGUUGCUGCUAUCCGUGAAUCUCCGUCCAAAGUUAACAAAGUCAAACCACGUCCUAAGUCCAUAGCUUCGAAUACUGAAAGAUCGGAAGCAACACAAAGUAGAAGGGCAAAGAGCCUAGAAACUGUUGCAAUUGUGCGCGAAAUUCCGUCUAAUGUUAACAAUGUCAAACCACAUUCAAAACUCGUUGCUUCGAACACUGAAAGACUGGAACUAGCGAGGAGGAAACGAACUGAAAGUCUAGAAAAUAUGCACAAAGUUCCAGUUGAAAAGAGAAAUUCCAAAUCUGUCCAUUCAAACAUUGAAAAGCUAGAAGUAGUUCAAAAACAGGAAAUUAGAAACCAGACAGAAACUCUGAAAAAAGAACAAAGCAAUGUGCAUUAUACAAGAGUGCAAAAUGAUGGAUAUAUGGGAGAAAAUACCGAGAAGAUUCUGCAUAAUAUCAAUGUAGUUCCAAGAAUUAACAAACCGAGCAAAGAGACAAGAUUGAAAGAAGAUCAAGAACCAUCAAUUGGUGCGCAAAAGUUUCGUGUUGAAGUGACAAUUCAUGAGCAACCAAAGCCUAGAACAUCACAAGAUAAUAAACAGCACAUGACAUUCCAUAGAGAACCAAUGGCGAAUGAAAAUAAGCAAUCUGUUGUAGCUAAUUCUCUUGAUGCAAAGCAAAAAAUCGCCAUGGAGGCUACAGCCGCUGACCGUGUAAGACAGUCAAUUCUUAAGGAACACGCUAGACGACGACGAAGCUCUACAGCUUGUGCUAGGAUGACUGAAGGAGGUGAAAUUCAAUUCCAUGGAGCUGAAGUGAAGGAAAAAGUCAGACGAAAACCAGGACGAAUACAAUCAGAGUCUUCAUCACAUCUACCUCCAAAACACAAAUCAACAGAUAGAAAAAAUUACACUUACAAGAAACUGGAUGUUAAUGACACAAAGGAAACUAAAAUAAAUCAAAGACACUCUGAAGUUAAAAGUAACGAUAUUCAAAGUAGGAAAAACAACAUCCACACAAGAGAUUCUUCUAAAGAAGAUCUUAAACCAACCGAGUACCAGCAAAGACACAGCCGACGACCGCCCAAUGAGAAAAACAAUGCAAACAACCCCAAACAAGAACUUGACGCUCAAGACGGCCAUAAAGCUGCUGCAGUUGAUAUAAAUAGUGCUUUAGAAGCUUUAAGACCAGAAAAACCAAAAAAAUCGUAUAGACGAAUCAUGGAUAGUGACCAGUUCGCCCUUAAAUCACGUGAUAAAACAGGAUCUGUUCCAGGUGUUCGGGAAGCACGCGUUCGACGACAAGCAGCCAGGGAAUCGCUUGAUCAACAUAUGAAUCACUGUCUCAGAGCUAGAAAGAAUUCUAAAAGAUCAGGCCAAGGUAUUUCUUGUGAACAGCUCGAUAAAGAAAACGUCUGCCCUUUGUCAAAGAAUGGUUCCAGUCGUUUUAAAACCGUAAAUAAAAGAAAAGCCAUACCACCUCUCCGAGAAAACAAAGUAGACAUGAUAGACUCUUCUGAGGUCUUCAAACGCUGCGAGACCUACAAAGUUGCGCAAUUCCGACGAUUGCCAUUAAUGUCUGUCCCGGAUGUAACUGAAUAUGCUGUGGAUUCUAAGUCAAGCUCUAACGCCAAACAAGCCAAAAAUCGCCAUAAGUCAGAAUCAUCACUGAAUCACAAACUGCCAUUCAGUAAGUUCAAAGGUAUUAGAGGUGUUCAAAUAGAACGCGCGCGACGUCGAGCUAAAAAAAUUACGACAAACGUUGAAGUAGAGUCCGCAAGAUCUGAGUUUUCGAUCAAACCUGACUGCGCAGGCGCAGUGGAGGGAAAAUCACCAAGUCAUUCUCAUCAGCAAGCUAAAGAUGCUAAUCAAAUAGACCCGUUGAACAAGAUUAAAGACAAACCACGUGACUCACAAGCUAGCCAACUUAAAUUUGAAUUUCGAGGCAAAACUCUCCACUUGAAUGCCACGGAUGCAAAAUCUAUGUUCGCCCACAUCGAAGCGUUGAGAGUGUUUCUUGAAGAAAAUCUCGGAACUGAGAGGUUCAUUGAGGCUUACCAAUACCUUAACGGGUCAUCGCUUUUCUCGUUAACUAAAGGCGUUUUCAAAGACGAUGCGGGUUUGGAGAGGAUCCUGGGAAAGGAAAAGAGAGACUAUUCGGAUCUAUUAUGUCAAUUGAUAACUACAGAAGCAAAUCACUUUGGAACAAGUGUAUAGAACGUUUGAUCAGUGGAACACGAUUCUAAUGGCUUUUGCUUAAAUCUAUAUGGAAGUGUUGAGAACAGCAUAUAAUCAUCUUGGCAUUUUCCAUCCGGGAACCUUUGCGCAGUAGACUCACAUAUCAAAAAUCGAGCCAAUCAGGAAAUAACUUAAUAACAACAGCAACAGAUUACGAUCACAAGGGCUCUCGAAUAAAGGUUGGACUUUCAUUCUUGAUCAGUAGAACGCUUUUGGGACAAGUCCACGCCAGGUCAGAGGAACAUUAGACCAUUUAAGUCAAGUGCAGUACGAGUUGAUAGUCUAUGAGGCCGUGCUCAGGCUAGAAUGGACUAUUAACUCGUAGUUCACAGGCAGCGUGCUCUAAUUGUUUUAGUAUCCACCAAACUAUACGCCGAAUUUGAAGAAACUCUAUAUUUUUUUGGUAUAUAUGAAUAGACUCCAUAUAGCAGAAUGCUGACUUUGUGAUCAAUGAUCAGUUUGGUGAAUACGAACAAAGCGAUAGAAUGAUAUAUCACAUCGCAUAUUUAGAAUUAUUGGAUAAGAAAUCUCAAAAUAUUGUAUUAUGAAUAUCAGAUAUUGUAUAUAUUAUAUCAAAGAUAAGUUUAAAGGACGAUUUUUAAUGAUACCUUAACAAAGAAAAUGUUUAACUUGUUGAUAAGGCAAAUUGAAUUAAAUCGGAAAAGAAAUGGAACAUAUAUUCAAUUUCUUUUGGAUGGUAGCCCGUGUAUAUAUAAUUAGAGUGAACGCACUUCUACCGCGAAAUAUGAUCAAAAUAAACAGUAACUAUUAGUGUCUAUUUACUGUCUAAUAGUUGAUAUCAUUGAACCAGAGCAAUUCAUGAAACCAAAGCGCAAUACAAGAGUCUCGACAAUUCAUGUGAACGCAAUCCAUAUUGAUUUGGAAUGUUAUGCCUUCAAACUUCUUUUUAUUCAGUCAUAUGUAGACAGAUGGGGCAAUUCUUUUUAUAGUACCUUUCAAAAAACUCAAUUUGCUAUGAAGCCUGCUGAAAGGCCUGUGUUUAACAAAGAACUAUACCAAAUCUUUAUUUAUUUCCUUGUGGGUGGGACAUUUCUUAACAAAUUUAUCACAUCAUUAGGUAGUUUUUCAUAACUUUGUGUAGCUUUCAGUUUCUUGUGUAUUACCUAGAUACAAUUAGUCACUAAAUAAAAACUAAUACUACUUUUUCGAUUAUGUUUCACGGUACAAGUGCGU